AAUGCCGUGGUCGCCACCUCAUCGUACCAAAACCGUCCUGCAAGAUCACCACCAUGUCGACAUGAGCAAAGCAAUCUUCCUCUCAAUUCCUUUGUAUCCUUCCUUGCCUACCAAAACGACGUGUUUAACUUUCCUCACAAGUUUCGGGAUCAGAGAUUUAGAUAUAGAGAGAGAAAGUGAGAAACGCAGAGAAUCGCCGGGAAAUCUAACCGGAGUGACGGAGUCCUGGCAUUCACCGCCGGAGGAAGACGAUGAAGAUCAACGUCAACUCCAUAGCUCGCAAAGUCGAGGUCGACAAUCGGAUUCCUCUCCGCUACUACUAUCGGAUCGCCGAUAAUCUCCUCAAACAGGCUAGUGUAUACAGGGAGGAGAGGAAUCUUGUGGAUUUUUAUAUAAUGCUUCUUAGAUUUUCAAGUUUGGUGUCUGAAACUAUACCGUACCAUCGAGAUUACCAGGUUGUUCUUCCAAAGGAGAGAAUAUUAUAUAAGAAGAAACUGUUAAGUAUACUAGAUGAGCUUGAAGCUAUAAAGCCAGAAGCCGACCGCCGAGUGAGAGAACUUAAUGAGGCGCAUUCUGGAACUCAGCUGCCACAGCUUGAUGGCCCAGAAAGGACUUCAUAUGGAUCCCAAACAUCCCUAGGGUGGCCUCCUGAGACUAAGAAGUUUUCUAGUACCAACGUUAAGCAGCCUACCAGUACAACCCCACAGUCUUCAUGGAAGUAUAACAAUGAUUAUUCUUGGGUUUCACAGAAUUCUACACAAAUUGACAAGCAAUUCCAGAAGCUAUCCAUUAAACUACCUCAGCCAAAUAAGGAGACUUUGUCUAGACAUUCGUUUUUAGGUCCAAAUGGUCUUCGAGGCCAGUGGCUUGGACCCAGUGCAGAGAUUAAGGUUCAGUAUCCAAACAGUACAGACUUAACGCCUACUGACUUCCCUAUAGAUUCAGGCCUGAAUCAGGCUGGACAAGAAGAUAGCAAUUCAGGAGGAAUUCAAUCUACAAUUGAUGCAGUACUCUCACUAGAUGAUGGCAGAUGGCUACAUCCAACUGAAGAUUCAUGUUUUCCGUUGAUUAAUGAGGCAAGGGAGGGUCCUUUCCAGCUUGGCAAUAUCCACCAACCUUGCCCGCCCCCUGUACUUGCUCGAGUACAGCAGAAUCACGCACCAAUUCCUCCAUCAAAAGUUGCAGACCCAAGACCUGGACCUGCAAAACCUUCUCCGGAUGGGAUGCCAGAUUCUAAUUCAUAUCAACAUCUACACGUUCCUGUAAGAUUGAUGGAGGACUUCUUGAGAUUAGCUCGCGCAAAUACGGAAAAAAACUUAGAGACAUGUGGUGUUCUUGCAGGGUCACUGAAAAAUAGGGUUUUCCACAUCACUACUCUCAUAGUCCCUAAGCAGGAGUCAACCUCUGAUUCGUGUCAAACAUUGAACGAGGAAGAAAUAUUUGAAGUUCAAGACAAAUUAUCCCUUUUUCCUCUUGGAUGGAUUCAUACACACCCGACACAAACCUGUUUCAUGUCAUCCGUUGAUCUACACACUCAUUAUUCAUACCAGAUAAUGUUACCAGAAGCAAUUGCUAUCGUUAUGGCCCCAACAGAUUCAUCUAGUCCAAACGGCAUAUUCCAUUUGUCUGACCCAGGCGGGGUGUCGGUUAUUCGCAACUGUCAGCAGCGCGGGUUCCAUCCCCAUGAGGAGCCUUCUGAUGGAAGUGCAAUUUAUGAGCACUGCUCUCAUGUCUUCAUGAAUGGCAAUAUAAAGUUUGAUGUUAUUGAUCUUCGGUGAAAUCCUUCCUUUUACUGUUGACUACACUUAGUUAAGAGAUAACUAUUUUUCAGAAAGGAAUAUAUACGUAUGUAUAUCACCCCAUGAUCUGCGUUGAACCUAAUCCAAUUACUGUAAAUUCAACUGGAAUCUGAAUACAUAACUUGUUGGAAAUACAACUUUUUUUUGUGUGUGUGUAAGCAAUACUAGGUUGACAUUGCGAUCGGCCUUGAAAAAUUCUCGAUUAUCAUGUUCAGAUUCGAGAGGUGCAUGUAAAUUGUGUAAUUUGUAUUCGAAGUUUUGCAGACUCAGUAAAUUGUUAUUAUAUGCACAACUGUAUAA